CAUUUAGAGUUGCCAAACAUCAAGGGGCCAUAGAAGACGUAUCGCAAGCUGGUAAACGCUGCACUGGAAGCCCGAACCGUUUUGUGCCUCUCUCAUAGCCGCGUUCCCGGCUGUGCCUGGUCGUGAUACCGUCUUUCAAAUAGCUGCUUACCUGCUGUGAGGAAUAACAGCUUGAAUUGUGGCAACGAGGAGGCAGCAAACGAGGAACUAGUGGGAUGCCCUCGCCCCCUUCCUUCCUCUAGGUCUGCAUGGUGGACAUGGACAGCGAUCUUAGGCCCAGCCCUGUCCCCAGGCCGCGCGUUUUCCCGGUCGUCGGGACCGCUCCGGGCCCGCGAUGUGGACACACCCUCACUGCCAUUUCCGGCCCUGAAGGCGACCUCUCAAAGGCCAAGCUAGUGCUUUUUGGCGGUGCGACCGCGCUGGAGGGCUCAUCCGGCAAGAGCGAGAGCACACAGUCCACACCUGGUUCAGCUGCAUCAGGCAUUCGCCUGGCCGGCGCCACCAACGAUGUGCACAUUUUCGACGUGCGCACCGGCAAAUGGGAGAAAACUACGCCUGCGGGGGAGCCCCCUUCGCCGCGUGCAGCUCAUGCGGCAGCUGCGGUGGGCAAUAUGGUGGUCAUUCAGGGUGGUAUCGGCCCCGCCGGCCUCGCCUCUGAGGACCUACAUGUGCUUGACUUCACCGAUCCGGACCGGCCACGCUGGCACAGAGUGCUGGUGUCCGGGCCGGGCCCGAGCGCGCGUUAUGCGCACACACUCAGCCUGGUCGCGAAUCGCUUCCUGGUUGCGAUGGGGGGCAACGACGGCAAGUCCACGCUGGGGGAUGCAUGGGCGCUGGACACUUCGGAAAAGCCCUACGCAUGGCGGAAAAUUACCGACGCGGGCGAAAUGCCGUCGCCUCGGAUGUACGCAACCGCGGCAGCCCGAAGCGACGGCCUGCUGCUGCUGUGCGGUGGUCGUGACAUAAGCGGCACGCCGCUGGGGGACGCCUACGGGUUCGCACGACACCGUGACGGGCGGUGGGAAUGGCACUCGGCGCCCGGCGCUAUGCCAACGGGGCGGUACCAGCACGGAGCUGUUUUUGUGGGCAACCGCUUGCACAUCUCCGGCGGCGCCGUCGGCGGUGGACGCAUGGUUGACGAGAGCACGUCCACCGUCGUACUGGACACCACGCACGGGUGCUGGGUCACGCCUGUCGGAGGCGCCACUGGGGAGGACUUCACGCGGCGCUGCCGUCACGCUGUGGCAUCGGUGGGGCCAUUUGUGUUCAUCUACGGUGGCCUGAAGGGCUCUCAACUGCUGGACGACCUGCUGGUGGCGGACGACUCCAACGGGACAGAGCUGUCUAUCUUUGACCCGCGCUCUUCGGCGUGGCAGCAGUACAUGGAGACCAUGCACGGCAACGCCGCCGCCAGCCGCAUGCUGGAGAAGGCGGCAGCUGAGGAGGCAGCGGCAGCAGCGGCGCUCAAUGUCCGGCGCGUAAGCGCAAUGGACGACCUGCGCUGCGUGGACGAGCAGCUGGAUGGAACGGGCGCGGGCGGGUCACGCACCAGCGAUUCGCCGUCUACCAACCGCUCCAGCAGCCCUGAUGUGUCGCUGGGUAAGGACCACAUUCCCGGCACGACGCCGUACACGCCGGACGUGAAGCUGUGGCACCGCGCGGUGGUGGUACACCAGGAGAACAGCCUGCGCGGCCUGGUACGGCAGUUGUCAAUCGACCAGCUGGACAACGAGGGGCGCCGCGUGUCGAUCUACGAAAACGGCGGCGGACCCGGCGGGGCGAAGGAGAAGAGUCCGCUCUUCACACGCAGCAUGUCUGUCACGAACGACGGAGUCGAGGGCGUGCACAAGCGCGUGAUUAAUGAGCUGCUGCGGCCGCGCACGUGGAAGGCGCCGGACGACCGCCGGUUCCUCCUGAACGCGCAGGAGAUUGAGGAGCUGUGCAACAACGCGGAGCGCAUUUUCCGAGAGGAGCCCACCGUGCUGGACGUGCGGGCUCCCAUCAAGAUCUUCGGCGACCUGCACGGCCAGUUCGGUGACCUAAUGCGGCUGUUUGAGGAGUACGGCACGCCCUCCACCGCUGGCGACAUCACCUACAUCGACUACCUGUUCCUGGGUGACUACGUGGACCGCGGCAGCCACAGCCUGGAGACCAUCUGCCUGCUGCUGGCGCUCAAGAUCGAGCACCCGCGCUCCGUGCAUCUCAUACGCGGCAACCACGAGGCGCACGACAUCAACGCGCUGUUCGGCUUCCGACUGGAGUGCCUGGAGCGUCUGGGCGACGAGCCGGGCGUGUUCGUGUGGCGCCGCAUCAACGAGCUGUUUAACUACCUGCCGCUCGCGGCCAUCAUCGAGGGCAAGAUCCUGUGCAUGCACGGUGGCAUUGGCCGCUGCAUCCACAAGAUCGACCAGAUCUCCGAGCUGAAGCGCCCCAUCACCAUGGAGGACGGCGGCCCGGUGCUGAUGGACCUGCUGUGGAGCGACCCUACCACCAACGACAGCGUGCAGGGCGUGCAGCCAAGCCCUCGUGGCCCCGGCCUGGUCACGUUCGGACCGGACCGCGUGAAAGAGUUCUGCAAGAACAACAACCUGCAGAUGAUUGUGCGCGCGCACGAGUGCGUGAUGGACGGCUUUGAGCGCUUCGCGCAGGGCCAUCUGAUCACGCUCUUCUCCGCCACCAACUACUGCGGUACUGCCGGCAACGCGGGCGCCAUCCUGGUGCUGGGCCGCGACCUGGUUAUGGUGCCGAAGCUCAUCCACCCGCUGCCGCCCAACACGCCGCACACGCCCGACAGCUCGGGCGGUCUGGACGAGGACCCGCCCACUCCGCACCCCGCGAACGACACGUGGAUGCAGUCCAUUAACGACGAGCGUCCACCGACGCCGCCCCGCGGCCGCCCGCACAUGGGCUCCUCGCUCGAGUACUUUUAGAGCGGUGGGGUGAAGGUGCAGCAGAGCACAGCGUUGUAGAGCAAGCCUGGAGUGGGCUGUCUAUGCUGCGGCGCGUGGGGCAUUUGUGCUUAGUAUUGGACUGCAGCCCUGUGAGAGCGGAAUGUGGGUGGGAUUGGAUGGGGGGUAAAGAACUGCAGCUGCCCAGUGGCGGUAAAGCGUUCAGGAACGCAUGAGUGGGGGUAGGAGUGGGUGGGCGUAAGGCAGCACAUGGGCACAUGUUUGGCGUCAAGCCUAGCCACGCAGGGUGUGGGCGCUGUUAGGUCAUGUCUACGCUCGGGCCGCUGGCUGAGAACUCUUCGCCGUCUGCGGGUCUUUCCUUGUGAACACGGCGGGAGGGGCCUGUAUCUGAUGCUCCUGUUGGAACGAUUUGCACGUGGACGUAGAUGCAGGCAUGGAGACGGCUGCGAAGCAAGCCACUCGCAGGAGGUCCGAAGGGUAUCUUCGCGAUGUGGAGGCCAGCCUGUGGCGGGCUCCGCAGGUGUGUGCAGCCAUGCGCGCGAGAUUCGAGAGAGCAGGGCGAAUGUGCCUUGCAUGAUGUUCAGGUGCCAUGUGGAGCAGCAUGAGAUAACAAAGACAUGCAUUUUGUGCGGCUGCUGGUAGAGAACUAUGCCAAAUGGGUACGAGUUAUUUUAGGGGAUACGAGCCAGCAAAGGGCGGGCGCUGGCCAAGAAUAUUACUCCAAGGGCGGUCGAGGAUGGCAUUUGUCGAGGGCAUAAGCGCGUCCACGCGGAGCCUGCGAGCUGCAGUUGUGUGGAUGGUGUAGUACCUGAAGGCUACAAGUCUGCGUGUCUAAAAGUCUGCCGGCUCCGUUGGCUGAAGAAACGAAUGCGCAGGCACUAACAGCACCACGCACGGAAAUGUUGCUUGCACCUAUGAAGCCCCGGGGACGCUGCCUCCAAGGCUGCCUGAGCCCGUAACCACGGCCCAUGUCUCAUGGAGGGCGCUACUACAGCAUCAACAGCACCUUGCAUGACGAUUGCCGUACGGGUGGUUACCCAGACUCCAGAACGUUUGAGUCUUCUAAGCCGCUGACACGAGUGAAUUGUAUGCAGGAUAACA